UUCGAGUCCCAUAAACUCAAACAACUUUCAAGUUCGACGAUGAAAAACUUGAACUGGAAUCAGAUCGAGUUCCUAAAACUCUAUCAACAUUAGUUCGAUUUUGGAGAAAUCGAUCAAAGUAGAACGAUGACAAAGGACUCGAUCAUAGUAGAUCGAGUUUGGACAACUCGAUCCAGCAAGAUCGAUGCCAAAAACCUCGAUCUAGUACAACAACUUUAAAGCACUCGAUCCAUAUCUGCACAAGAUCGAUGCUUUAAAACUCGAACAACCAAAAUCGAUUCCAAUGGGCUCGAACCACUGGUCCACCGACAUGCUUCAUGAUAGGGUUGCAGGGAUAAGAUUCUUUGUUGUCAUAGAUCGAGUUUUAGGGACUCGAACUAGGGUAGUUCGAUUACACUGAACUCGAACCACUACUCAAUCAUUCUGUCCAGUCGCUUUCGGUCCGACAUGCUCCAGAAUAGGGUGCAGGGGUAAAAUUAUUGGUUGCCCUAGAUCGAGUUUAAUGGACUUGAACUAGUGUAGUUCGAGUUUUUUGGACUCGAACCACUCCAUCAGUUUACGAGGAUAAAAAACCAUCACUUAGCACAUUAUGGCAGCUCUCUUCCUUUCUAUCUUCUUUCUUCCAAACACAAACUGCAGCUGCUGGAGCACCAUAGCUGAGCAAAGAAGAAAAUUUUUGGGGGUAAGUUCUGCUUACGUUGUUUGAAUGAGCAUAUUAGAAUUUUGGAUUAAUUUAGUAUUGUUUGUACUGUAUGUAAUGAGCUGCUUCUAUAAACUGCAGAAAUGGGUAGAAAUUUUCGAAAAGGUGGAAUGGUCGAAUUACACAUUUUCAUGAUAGUAUUGACUACGAAGAUGGUGAAUCAAGUACUGUCCGGAUUCAGAACAUAUUUACUUGGCAAGAACUCAGUCAUAUUUGUGCGGAACGAUGUUGCAUAGGAGGGCGAAGAGUAUGCAAGAUGACUUACCGUAUGCCGGUUUACAAGGAUUAUGCACUUGUAUAUGAAUUAUUAGUUUUGUCUGACGAUGAUGACAUUAAUAUGAUGGUGAGAUUUAUUGCAGAGAACAGAUUUCCAACUGCUGAGGUGUAUGUCGAGACAGAAGUUUUUGGCCAAUAUGGUGGCGGCGGUUAUACCGAACAAGGUGAAGGAUCGGGAGGGUUUUCCGGUUCAGGAGAUUUCAGAGUCCUGCAUGAUGCACCAUGGCCAACAUACGAGGAUCGAACUGCAACUGGUCCAUUAGUGGAACAUGACGGACAGGAGUGGCCAGUAUGGGGUGAAGAAUGGGAUUACAUAAGGGCACCCAGACAGUCACCCAGACAAGCAUCUACACCAGCAUCUGGCAUCAACAAUGAUCCGUAUGUGGAUAAACCAAGUCCUCCGUACACUAGCGAGGCAAGCGAUGUGGAAGAUGAAGAGUUAGAAUCAAUGAGUAGUUCAGAUGGUGAAAUCUGGAAGUUGAUGAGGGAGAAUUUGAGCCCCCCACACCUCACUACACGAUGGUGCCACAACAUCCUCUCUAUGCUCACAACGACGAUCCUGACCUCCCUCCUAUACCUAUUUGGACUCUUGAUUCUGGAUUCGUGGUUGUCCAAACAUUUGGAGGAAAGCCUCAGGUGGUCGAUGCAUUGAAAGAAACUGCUAUGCGAAGAAGCUUUCAAUAUCGUGUCAUCACUUCUGACACUAAACAAAUUCAUGUUCGUUGCGAGAACCAUGGCGACGGAUGCAUGUGGCAUGUUUUGGCGGCAUAUGUUAAAAGAAAUGAGGCUUGGCUCAUUCGUAAGACAGACAACAACCACACUUGUAGGUCGUCACUGAUUUCUCUAGAUCACCGACAAUUGAGUGCAAGGAAGGUUGCACAAACAAUCAAACGUCUGAUUGAGGCACAACCUGGGAUCACCGUAAAGAGUGUCAUCGCUGAAGUGGAGAAUCGACAUGGCUAUACCAUCAGUUACAAGAAAGCAUGGCAUGGGAAGCAAAAAGCUAUGGCAGAGGUGUAUGGCGAUUGGGAAGAGUCAUUUGCUAACAUGCCUCGUUUGAUUCUUGCAAUGGUGGACAAGAAUCCCUGAAUCGCUAAAUGUCGCCCUUAAAAUUGCUAACGGUCGCCCUAACUCUAAUGAUAAAUGACUUAUUUACCCCCAAUAAAAUUUCAAAAUUUAA